UAAGUACGUCAGUCUUGCAGAGAACGUAAACUUGCUUUUUGACAAUUCACACGCAAAUUAGCGAUAUGCAACCUCGUAUUAUUUACGUUCUCUGAUUUUCACAUUUUCCGAAGAUAGUUUUUUGAUACUGCGACCAAUAGAUUUAUUGACUAGAAAAAUGGCUCAAAAAAGCGUUAACCCGAUUAGCAUUUUAAAAAGUAUCUACCACAGUGAGUUCCAAUGGUCUGUGUUGAAGAGUUUAGGAAUUUUCCUGAUUGGAGUUCGUAUGGCUAAGGAAUUUGCCGGAGUGGAAAUAAUGCCGGCGAUAGCUCAACAUUAAUGCUAGUUGUGUUGUUCUUGGUGUAAUCCUCGGGUGAGGAUGCCUAUUUAAUAAUGUAUAAAUCAAUAAAACAAGUUAUGUCAAAAAAACCAAGCGACAUAUGUAUGUAGAUCGUAUAGACUUUUAUUGUUAAAAUGAUAUCUUCAUGUUUUAAUAAAUAAUACAUG